AUGAAUGAUGACAGGCUAAAGAACGAGAGCCGUAAGGGAGAUGCAAGAAGACCAGAACGGAAAACUAAGGUCAAAGACGAGUUCAAAGACAUUUCCAUAUACUUCUCCAAAGAAGAAUGGGCAGAGAUGGGAGAAUGGGAGAAAAUCCGCUAUAGAAACGUGAAAAGGAAUUAUAAAAUGCUGAUUUCUAUAGGUCUCAAAGCCCCUCAACCAGCUUUCAUGUGUCACCAAAGACAAGCAAUCAAGCUCCAGAUGGGUGACAGUGAGGAUUCUGAUGAAGAAUGGACACCUAGGAAGCAAGUCAAUCCUCCUCGGGUGGCCUUCAGAGUGGAGCAAACUAAACAACAGAAGGGAAUGCCCAGAGUUCCAUUAAGUGAUGAAUCUAGUUUGAAGAAACUGUCAGGAACAGCAAAUUUGCUGAAUACAAGUGACUCAGAACAUGACCAGAAACUGGUAUCCUCUCCUGGAGAAGCAAGUACAUCUGGACAGCACUCUGGACGAAAAUUGGAUAAGAAACUCACAAGAAAAUAUGUUGAAGCAAAGAUGUACAGCCUGCGAGAAAGAAAGGGUCGUGCAUAUGAAGAGGUCAGCGAGCCCCAGGAUGAUGACUACCUCUAUUGUGAGAAAUGUCAGAAUUUCUUCAUCAACAGUUGUCCUAUCCAUGGACCUCCUAUAUUUAUAAAGGACAGUUUGGUGAACAAGGGACAUCCCAACUGCUCAGCCCUCAGUCUUCCCCCUGGGCUAAGAAUCAGACCAUCAGGCAUCCCUGAUGCUGGCCUUGGUGUAUGGAAUGAGGCAUCUGAUCUGCCAGUGGGUCUGCAUUUUGGUCCCUAUGAGGGCCAGAUCACUGAGGAUGAAGAGGCAGCCAACAGUGGAUAUUCAUGGAUGAUCACCAAGGGGAGAAACUGCUAUGAAUAUGUGGAUGGAAAGGAUGAGUCCCAAGCCAACUGGAUGAGGUAUGUGAACUGUGCCCGUGAUGAUGAGGAACAGAACCUGGUGGCCUUCCAGUAUCAUAGGCAGAUCUUCUACCGAACCUGCCGGGUGAUCAGACCAGGCAGUGAGCUUCUAGUCUGGUACGGGGAUGAGUAUGGCCAGGAACUGGGCAUCAAGUGGGGCAGCAAGAGGAAGAAAGUGUUCACAGAAGGCAGAGGUGGGUACAACUAUGAUUCCUUAAAAAGAAACAAAGAA